AUGGCCUCUGCCGCAUCUCUCGUUCCGAAGGGAGCGUGGGACACGCACAUUCAUGUCUUUGACCCUGACAAGUUUCCUUAUGCGGCGAAGCGGUCGUACACACCGAAGGCGGCACCAAUGUCAGAAUACCCGUCCUCAAUAACGGGUUGCACAGGUGUGGUGGUCGUGCACGCUUCGAUGCAAGGGUCUUCGCCCGCGGCUCUGGUCGACACUCUGAACAAAGAGAAGAGUAUGCCGGGCUUCAAGCUACGCGGUCUGGCAACCAUCGACGUCGAUAACGUCACGGACGCGGAGCUGGAUGCUCUUCAUGCCGCUGGUGUCCGCGGCGCGCGGAUGCACGAAAUGGCAUGGGGCCAUGGCCAGCAGAAGGGCGGAGAGCAAAUCAUCCAAAAGGUCAGAGGCCUGGCCGACCGUCUCGCCCGCCUCGGUUGGGUCAUCGGAAUCUUUUGUCCCUUACCCGCUUGGGCGGCCAUGGCAGACUUUAUCCGUUCUUUAGACCCCAGAGUCAAGAUUGUGGCGGACCAUUUCGGCAGCACUUUCCCUGGCGACGAGAAGACACCACAAUUUCAGACUCUGCUUGCCCUGAUUCGGGAAAAGCGUCUUUUUAUCAAGAUCUCAGGGUUCGAGCGCCUUUACCACGGCAACCCUGCUGGUAUUGAUAGUCUCACUACAGCGGCAAAGGCCAUUAUUGAGGCGGGACCUGACCAGAUCAUGUUCGGCACCGAUUGGCCACACACACAGCUUGGUGUCACCCGUAAGGGAAAAUCGGACGAACAGCGGCUCAACGAAAUCGAGGGGUUCCGAGAAGUUGAUGAUGAAGGGCACAUUAGAAAAGUUCGGGAGUGGAUUCCAGAUGACGAAACAUGGCAGAAGCUCUUUGUCACGAAUCCGCAGCGGUUGUUUGAGUAG